ACUCUUAACUAUUUCUAGAUGGUUCAUAUACAUGUGAUCUAAUUAAUCAACGCUUGUUUUGUUAUAUAAACACUCAUCAUUCAGUCCACAACAGAGGAUUCAAACUCUCAUCUCCUUCUUUCUUUUGCUACCCCUUUGAUCAUCGCCCUUCUGGAAGUCGCUUACAAACAGCAUAUAUAUCAUUCUUCACAAUCUUUUCGUCCAAUCUAUAUUAUCCCGAACAUUUUGGAUGGAUAACAUAAGGCAAUCGUGUAUGCCACAGGGAUUCCGAUUUCAUCCAACAGAGGAAGAGCUCGUGGGUUAUUACCUAGAUAGGAAGAUCAAUUCGAUGAAGAGUUCUUUAGAUGUCAUUGUAGAGAUUGACCUCUACAAAAUGGAGCCCUGGGAUAUUCAAGCGAGAUGCAAACUAGGAUAUGAAGAACAAAGCGAGUGGUACUUCUUUAGCCAUAAGGAUAGGAAGUACCCGACCGGAAGUAGGACAAAUAGAGCCACGGCCGCCGGGUUCUGGAAGGCCACCGGUAGAGACAAGGCGGUGCUUUCAAAGAACAAUGUCAUAGGAAUGCGGAAGACACUUGUCUACUACAAAGGUCGAGCUCCUAAUGGAAGAAAAUCAGAUUGGAUCAUGCACGAAUACCGCCUCCAAAACUCCGAACUUGCCCCGGUUCAGGAGGAAGGUUGGGUGGUGUGUCGAGCAUUUAGGAAGCCGAUUCCAAACCAGAGGCCAUUAGGGUACGAGACAUGGCAGAACCAGCGCUAUCACGUUGAUAGUGGUAACAACUAUUUAUCUUCAGCGACAAUGGACACGAGUCACCAUAUCGGUGCCUCUUCAUCGAGACAAAACCUUAACCAAAUGGUCAUGCGUAAUAAUCACUACAAUGCCAAUAAUCCAUCCUCAACGAUGCAUCAAUAUGGCAAUAUUGAGCUCCCACAGCUAGACAGCCCUAGCUUGUCGCCAAGUCUAGGGACGAAUAAAGAUCAAAACGGGAGUUUGGAGCAAGAAGAAGAGAAGAGCUUCAACUAUCUGGACUGGAGAACACUAGAUAGCUUGCUUGAUACACAUCCACAAAACCCUAAUGUCCUUGUAUCUUCGUUCGCAACGCAGUCGUAUAACCCGGAACAGAGCUUCCCUUCCAUACAUCAAAACUAUAAUUAUGAGGUUGAAGCUAAUAUUCAUCAUUCUCUUGGAUGCUUCCCUGACUCCUAAUUUUUUUUUCAUAAAAAUAGAUAUUGAUUUGUAUUCUAUGAUUUAAUUGUACUACCUGGACAACAGUAACAUCUAUAAGUGUCUAUUUGUAAAAGAAGUUUGCGUGUAAUACGUAGAAUUUUCUUGGCGAAUU